AUGCGGAUUGCGUCUGCACAUUUAAAACAAAAGAUGGUGCGUCUACGCGUGAUUUUGGCCCUUGACAACAUCAGAAGACUGGAUAUUACCGAAGAGCUCACUUCAUCCAAGAUGGAGAUGACUUUUUCCCUCAGAAGAAAAGAGAUUGUGAUGGAAGAGCCUCUUGUCUUGGAUGUCCAGAGACAAUGGCCCGCAUUGUUUUUGCCUGAACAGAUUUCUGCUGAAUUUUUCCGGAUCACACAAACCCACCUGAUGAACCGAUUCUUCUCAUCUUUGGAUGAGUAUGCGCCUAAGAUUAUCAGGUUGUACAGGGCACGUGCUGCGCUGUGGGGAAAAGAUAUGAAGACCCUGUUGGAGAAUCUUGACGAUCAGACCACAGAAGUACUUGCCCACCGAAAAUCUGCUGCUCUUAAAGGUCUGCCGUUGAUCAUGAGGGAUGAGUCUAAAAGUUUCCUGAGAACCUGUCUGGACAUGCAGCCUCGAGAAAAUCAUGUUGGUGGCAUGAAGAUGGGAGUGUUAACCAUUGUUGAGGAUGAUGUUGGGACUGUUGACUCAAUCCCAAACGCGAGGUUCUUUACUGUGGUGCUUGAGGAACAGAUAGUCAUUGAUGAAGAAGGACCUCGCCAGUGUCGGGUUUAUCACAGAAUGCCCUUGGCACCAUCCAAGGACAAGGCCAUCACCAGCAGGGAACCACCCAUCUCCCGUGCUUUUCUGAGGAGACAGACGGUCGUACUGAGAAGCAGGUAG